AGAGAGAGAGAGAGAGAGCGCGAGGGGGCGGGUGUCUCUUGCGCUCGCCUCGCGCAGCCUCACACAGACGCUCGUGAAAUCAACACAAGGAAGCGGAGCGUUUGUUGGAUUCGUUAUGAAUUCCAGCCCGCUUCCAAACGGCAGGCUCCUACCGGACAGCCAGAGCUGGAACUCCUCCGGUUCCGACGAGGAUCUGGACGUCGAACCGGGACCCGGUCCGCAUGGAGGGGUGGCGGAAUUCGGAGGGGUACUCAGUAAGUGGACUAACUACAUUCAUGGAUGGCAGGACCGCUGGGUCGUGCUGAAGAACAACACCUUGAGUUACUACAAAUCCCAGGACGAGCGCGAGUACGGCUGCCGCGGUUCCCUCUGUCUCAGCAAGGCUGUCAUCACUCCUCAUGAGUUUGAUGAGUGCCGAUUGGACAUCAGCGUCAAUGAUAGCGUGUGGUAUCUACGUGCUCAGGACCCAGAGCAUCGCAACCAAUGGAUCGAGUCCAUCGAGCAACACAGGGCCGAGUCUGGUUAUGGCUCUGAGUCCAGUUUGAGGAGACACGGCUCCAUGCUGUCCCUCACAUCAGCCACCAGCGGAUACUCCGCCACCUCCACCUCCUCCUUUAAGAAGGGUCACAGUCUGCGGGAGAAGCUGGCAGAGAUGGAGACGUUUCGAGACAUCCUCUGCAGGCAGGUGGACACGCUGCAGAAAUACUUCGACGGCUGCUCUGACGCCGUGACCAGAGACGAGCUCCAGAGAGACAAGAUCGUGGAGGACGAUGAAGAUGGUUUCCCUAACACUCGCUCCGAUGGAGAAUUCCUGCAUAACAACAACAACAGCAAGGAAAAACUAUUCCAGUGUUUGAGUCAUAAAGGCAUUAAUGGGAUAGAUUUUAAAGGAGAGGCCAUCACGUUCAAGGCGACCACAGUGGGGAUCUUGGCCACGCUUUCUCACUGCAUCGACCUGAUGGUGAAGAGAGAGGACAGCUGGCAGAAGAGACUGGAUAAGGAGAUGGAGAAGAGGAGGAGGGUGGAGGAGGCGUAUAAAUCAGCCCUGUCUGAGCUGAAGAUGAAGUCUCAUUUUGGAGGACCUGAUUACGAGGAGGGUCCAAACAGUCUGAUCAAUGAAGACGAGUUCUUUGACGCUGUGGAGGCUGCUCUGGACCGACAGGACAAAAUAGAAGAACAGUCUCAGUGUGAGAAGAGCAGGAUACAGAGGAGCAGUUCAGUGCCUUCAGGAGACAUCUACUCCAGCGUGGGCUCUCACCGCUUCGCUGAGAAGGUGGAGGAGAUGGUUCAGAAUCACAUGACCUACUCGCUGCAGGACGUGGGUGGAGACGCUAACUGGCAGCUGGUGGUGGAGGAGGGAGAGAUGAAGGUGUACCGGCGCGAGGUGGAGGAGAACGGCAUCGUGCUGGACCCUCUGAAGGCCACACACUGUGUCAAAGGGGUCACAGGUCACGAGCUCUGCCACUACUUCUGGGACACGGAUGUUCGUAAUGAUUGGGAGACUACUGUGGAAAACUUCAACAUCGUGGAGACGCUGUCUGAUAACGCCAUCAUCAUCUACCAGACUCAUAAGAGAGUGUGGCCAGCGUCCCAGAGAGACGUCUUGUACCUGUCUGCCAUUCGUAAGAUCAUAGCCAACAACGAGAACGAUCCAGACACAUGGCUCGUCUGCAACUUCUCAGUCGAGCACGAGAAUGCCCAGCCAAACAACAGAUGCGUUCGUGCUAAAAUCAACAUUGGGAUGAUCUGCCAGACGCUGGUCAGUCCACCAGAGGGCAACAAAGAGAUCAGCAGAGACAACAUCCUGUGCAAAAUCACAUACGUGGCCAACGUGAAUCCUGGCGGCUGGGCUCCUGCGUCUGUCCUGAGGGCCGUAGCCAAGAGAGAAUAUCCCAAAUUCCUCAAGCGCUUCACUUCCUACGUCCAGGAGAAAACAGCCGGGAAGCCCAUCCUCUUCUGAGCACCAGUUCCCCAGUUCUGCUGUCGGUGUGACGGAGCACCUCCAGUUCCUGCUCUCUCCUCUAGUUUCAGCGCCCUCUAGUGACUCAGAAGACUCAUUGCGUCCCUUCUCCACAGGAAGCCCCGCCCAUCGACAGACGCUUGAUGCCUUUCUGUAGCACCACACUAGCUCACACAGACAGAGGACUAGAGAUGCCACACGCCAAUGUCUGUCCCAUGUCUUCUGCCAGAGAUCUAUAUUGAUAUGAAUAUAUAUGUAUGUAUGUAUGUAAGUAAGUAAGCGAGAUGGGAAGAGUUUAUAUAUACCGGAGAGGUUUGAAGCUGAACAUGUGAGAUCGGCUCGGUUAUAGUCUUGAGCUUUGCUCUCGUUGUGCUCGUGUAAUUGUUUUUUGGGGAAAUCAAAGGCAUGUUUGUGAGUGAACUCUAUGAAGCUGCCUGUCAUCUCCAUGUUGGCCGUCUCUUGAAUGAAGCGCAGCGCCUGCUGCUGACGAGGAGACGCUUCAUUUCUCUCUUGAUUUAGUUCUGUGUCUCGGCAGCUGAUAGACUGUAGCACAAUUCCAGAUCGAUCGGGACCGGAUGAGAUUUUUUAAUAUGUCAGAAAAACUUUGCGCGCAGAUUAUUUGUAUAUAAUUUCAUUAUUGCUUCUUACCUGACUAAUCCGACUCCAUAUGCCUUAGUGUGUGUGUGAGACUGAGAGGUGUGUACCGACUAGAAAAGUGCCUCAUUAUUCAUCUUGCUGAUCUUACCGCCCCAAACUACAGCCACAAACCAACCUGGCGUCCUGUAGUCUGCAUACUAAGAUCAUUUCAUAUUGAUUUCUUACCUCAAGUUAUUAUUUAAACCUGAUUAUACAAUCAGACUGAGUCGUCAGAAGAGCUUCCUCUAAUUGGAGGAGCCCUGACGCCAAUCAAAUUCACUGUCCAAUAGGGAGAUGCGGUUCAAAUUAGGGGCGUAGAUGAUAUGUAGAUGUAGAUCGGGUGGAAUUAGUUGCAUUUAUUUAUUUUUUCUUGAUUAAAUGUAUUCUUCUAAAGUGAAAAACUAAAUGUCAAGCUUUAAUAAACAAUCUUACAAGGCACAAA